UAUGUACAAUAUGAUCCUGAUUAUUUUAAUGGCCAUCAAUGGCUUCUGUACAGCACUCAGGAUGGCUGACAUCACAAGGCCUUGUAGUUCUAUUGGCAUAUGACCACUUGACACAGGUCAAAUAGAACACAAGAUGCUUAAUGAUGUCAUGAAGUAAUAAGAGGACAACAUUCUAAAGACACACAUGCACACUUCUCAAACUUUACUCUCUUUUUGUGCUAUGCUACACAGUGUUGUGCAAGUCUUUUGGUGAAAAAUAAGCCUUUUUAUCUUGAAAUUCAUAAUUCUGAGCUCAAACCUUCCACCAACAGAGCAUUCUACUCCCUUGCCCAAUGGGCUACACUGGGAGGAAGAGGAAGUGGAAGAGCGGCGACAGACCCUCUGAGGCAGCGAACCCCCCUGGGCAGAGCAGCCCACAGCCAGGACCCUCUGGGGAUCCUGUUACCCUCCGUGAUGACCAGGAAGUGAGGUCGUCCAAGAGAUCCAAGCCUGGAGCUGCCCGUCCCCUGGCCAGGGCUGCAACUCCCCCGAGCUCCCCACAGCCGGGAUCUUCCACUGAACUUGCUGCCCACGCUGAUGAUGGUGGUGGAGCGGCAUCAUCCAUGAGCUGCAGGCCUGGAGCUGCCAAUCACCUGCCCAGGAUUGCAACUCCCCCGAGCUCCCCACAGCUGGGGACUUCCAGGCAACGUGUUGCCCUUGCGGGAGCCACAUCAUCCACGAGCUCCACUCCAGGCCAGGCCCUGCCGAGGGCUCCAACCUCCCCGAGGUCCCCACAGCCAGUGGCAUCUCGUCAGGUGCGUGAGUCCAUGGAGGUGCCAGGAGCAGGACCACGACAUGGUGAAUACCAAGGUCACGCCCCACCUCAGGCGAUCACACCUGAUCAUCAGGACCCUUUGGUGAAUGGCCGUCUGGCCUCUCUGCCACAGAGUACUGCCGAUGCGGUGGCCGCGUUCUCCACUCUGAUGGCCACAAUGCUGAUGUACGGUGAGAAUGACAUCAAUGUCAGAGUGCAGCUGGAGAACUUCCUGGGCGGGACAAACCGGCAGCUCUCCCAGAUGAUCCACGACAUCGAGACGGAUUACAACGGCGGCUUUCCCCUUGUGCGGUUCGAUCCUGCCGUCGUGACCGAACAAACACGCUGCCCCAUUUGCUUGGAGGACUACGGGCUUGGCGAUAUAAUUUCAGUGUUGCCGUGCCAUCACCUUCUCCACUCUGGCUGCAUCCAGCAGUGGCUCGAGAGGAGCCGCACCUGCCCCGUAUGCAGGGCAGGAGUGUAAGACGGCGAGAAGGAGUCACAUGGCACUACCUGAGACCAGGACCAGGGACAUAACACCACAUUCUGGGACAAAAAUGGGGGAUUUAGACCAACUUUUCUGCAAUGUUGUCUCCUCUCUCACAGACCCUAUUGUCUCCUUUGUGGAGCCCUCACGGAUUUCUUAGCCUCCAUGUGGUGAUUUCAACUAUAGCAGUAAGCACCUUUAUAAAUAUCAUACUGUAUAUGAAGCUCUGGCAUUCAUUACAAAAUUACAAAAUACAACAACAAAACUGGAACCUGGUAGAGUGCAUGAGAUAUG